AUGUUUUUCUUGAUUCUUGCUUUUACUACUUGGAAGAUGAUUAGUAUUCAAGGUGAAUCAUUAUUUUCAUUAGCUUGCUCACAUGACAAUGAAACAUGUACUGUGUACAAAAUUGAUAUUGACCUAGUUGACAACCGUGCUACGUCAAAUCAAAUUGCUGCAUGGCAUCAGUCCAAUAUUGAUGAGGGGUUUGGAUCUAUAGCUGGAUUCAAGAAUGAAAAAAUAGGUUAUAUUGUAAUGACAACUAACUGUAACUCUCAAGUGAAUCUUAUUAAUAUUAGCGAUCUAUCGCAACCAGUAUCAUCUAUAAUGAUGAAAACAACGUGUACGCAACCAAUUCAUUCAUUAAAAGAUAGAUGGUUGUUGGCACUGGGUACAGCCUCCAAUGGCAUUGGUGGUUCAUAUCCUGUAUCAUUAUAUAUAUUUGAUCCAAUAUCAGGUUUAUCGAGUCGUGGUAAUGGUCAUACAAAUGGUAUUGUAGCAAAUGAGAAAACGAAAAAUAGUCUAUCAAUAUCAGAUAAUUGUGAAAAUAGAACUAAAAUUUCAUCAAAUAGUAAUAUACGUUUAUAUCUAUCAUUAACAAUUAGUUCACCUGGAAUUAUAUUUGGUGAUAUUGGUACAAGUCCAUUAUAUGUUAUUCGUACAAUAUUUGCUGAAAAUCUUCAUCCAACACGAGAACAAUGUACUGGUGCUGUAUCAUUAAUUAUAUGGAAUUUAAUUGUAGUUGUAUCAAUAAAAUAUGGUAUUUUUAUAUUAAUGGCUGAUAAUCGUGGUGAAGGUGGAACAUUUGCUCUAUGUGGUCUAUUAACAGGUGAACAUAGUCAAUUACGUACUCGUGCUAAACAUAUUAUUAGUAUAGUAUCAAUAUUUGCUGCUUCACUUUUAAUUGGUGAUGGUGCACUUACACCAGCUAUUAGUGUUUUAUCAGCUGUUGAAGGUUUAGCAACAACUUCUGAAGCAUUAACAAAAUGGAUUUUACCAGUAACAGUUUUAAUAAUUAUGACUCUUUUCUUUGUACAAAUGUUUGGUUCAUCAAAAAUUGGUUUAACAUUUGCACCAAUUAUGAUCAUUUAG